AAGCAGAGGCGAUCGAUCCCACCAUGGCACCAUUUCCUCUUCGAUUGUCUCAAAAAAAAACCAUUUCGUCUUCGAUCCGGACCAACUCCGUCGCCGUCGCCGUUGGGCGUCGGAAUCCAUGGUGGGAUGGCGCGAGGAAUUGACGCCGAGCAGCAGCACACGAUGGCGGAGCAGGUGAAGGAGUAUCAGGCGCGAUCCAGGCACGCCUGGGCCGCCGCAUCCUUCUUCUCCUCCACCUCCACCUCCACCUCCACCUCCACGGCCGGCUCCUCGUGGGUUGAGGUGUUACUCAUGAUAUGGAAACUUGCUUUGUAUGCUCUACUAGUGUUUGCGUGUAUUGCCUUUUAUUUCAAGUUUAUAGGAAUAGCUUUAUCAUUUACAUGUAUUUCUGCACUUCUUUAUUUGUGCAUGAGAUUAACCAAGGAAGAAAGGAAGCACAAGAAAAGUAAGCAAAGAAUGCUUCUUUCAUUGUCAAUGUAAAAUAUGUCUGUAAAUUUCGCUGUAAUUUACAUGUAAAGUGCUCUCAGUUUAAUACUAAUGUAUUUACACUCUCGACGUCUUUCA